AUGCGUGUGUCUUUGAAAGCUCACAGCCUUCAUGAAAUUGUGAGAUGGCAUGAUGCACAUAAUUGCAUGACUCCCGUGAAUGAUAAUGACAAUCGGUGUAUGGACGCAUCUUUGAUUGCUAGACUCAUCAGGAGAAAGGUUGAGGACAACGUAGAUUAUACGGUAGCCUCGGCACAGAAAGAUGUGAAGACCUUAUUGAAAGUAGAUGUGCCAUACAAAAGGGCGUGGCACGGGAGGAGGAAAAGCCAUAGAAGCAGUCUAUGGUAUAUCGCUGUGCUUAAGUUUACUAAUCCUGAGACUGUAGUAGCGUGGGAAUGGAAGGAGGGACAAGAAGCCCAAGUAAAUUGCCAAUGUGUCAAUGUUGGUAUUUUUGAGGAUGAGAUGGGCCGUGCACUCCAUGAGAAUUCCGUAGUCCAGCGAUUCGAGCAACAGGCCCGGACACUUAUACUGCAUUUUAUUAGCAGUUUCAUGUUUCCUAAUAAGACGCAAAACACUGUCAAUCAGCAGUUCUUGGCCCAGGUAUGGGCGUAUGAGCGGAUCGAGAGAAUCGCGCCACAAAGAAAAGGAGUAGAUUAUUUGAUUGAUGAGACCGCUCCAUUAGCUCAGCGGUGGAAAUGUAAGUAUACCUACGGAGACGCCCCAAGGAACAGCACUCCACCUUUUAGAGAUCAAUUAACAAGCCUGUGUGUUGAAGAAUUUCGGUGGCAACCAUAUGCAAAGGUCCUUCGUAGACUCCCUGAUUUCUGUAAACAAGGCCAAGCCAUUUGGAUGACCAGGUGUUGGAUGUUCUGCUGGGCUAUUAGGGAACCCCACGAGUCGGGCAGAGUUGUGAGACAAUUUGGAUACAUACAAAAUGAUCCCAAGCGCCCUAUGAUUACAGAUAACGCAGCAUUUCUUCUCAAUCACGCCCACAGUAUGUCUGGGUAUCAUAGCAACAAUUGGGUGGAUCACCAUUCCGCAGGUGAAGUAUUAAACAACAUUCGCGUGAGUUCCGAGAAGUUUAGAGAAAAACGAGAAGAUGAGAAUCUCCUGGACGAAGAACUCGACAAGCAUUUGGGCGAUAUCAUCAAUCAAAUACAUGCUUCUUUAACCCUGGGUGCAAAUGAUGAGAUGGACGUGGAGGAUACCAAAAUCCUUGUUGAUGAAGAUCCAUCUUUGCCCUCACAACCUCCGCCAGGUAAAAAAGCGAAACCGUGGUCGAGAGAUAAGAUUGGAGGUAAAAAGAGAAAGGUCCCAAUCUUCCCUCGGACAUCGCAACAACAAACUGAGGGUCAACAAAAUGAGGAUCAAGCACAUUCUUCUCGAAGUUCGCGCAUCAAGAUCGAGACUCAACUUGAAAACAUUGGUGGACCCGAGACUGAGUUUGACCUAGGUGGACCCGAGACUGAGUUUGACCUUGGUGGACCCGAGACUCAGUUUGGUGGACAGUCGCAACCACAACCGGGAAUCAAAUUUCUCACCAUGGGGGAGUCCCAAUCCUAA